AUGAAAUAUUCAAAUCUUGAUGAAUUUAGUAAAUACGCUUCUAGACUAUCGCUUCGAAAAAAACCUAAAGGGUUUCAUCUAAAAAAUAAUCCUUGGUCAACAAGUACACCAAAGUCUAAUUUAAAGAAUAAUAUUAUAAACGAUGAUAAGCAAAUUAAAAAGAUAACGUUGAGAGAUACAAUAUUAAAUUUGUCAAUCAAAAAAAGAAUAGUAUUUUACGAAGAAAGAUAUAUUACAUGUAUGAGCUCGCAAACAGAAUUGUCAGCUUGGAUAAAAUCAAUUAAGGAAAAGGGUAAACCUAGUCCCUUAACAGAAGGCUAUGUACCUCCAACUCGAUCAAAGUUUUCAGAAUUCUUACAUAAUACCUUGUCUAUUAAACAAAGAAAGCGAAUGAACAUAUUCAGCAAUCAUGUAACUACUACUGCAUCUACACCUAAAUCUUCAUUAAGUCAUUUUUUUAAAAAGACUACUAAUAACUUAUCAACAACACAUAAAUUGAAACAACAUCAACAAAAGCAGCAUACCAAUUCUGGGCCAACUCCUAGUCCACAAAUAAAGAAUAGUACAAUGAACCAAUCCUUUCGUAAUCGUUUUUCACUAACUGCUUCAUUUACUCGAUUGUCCUUAUCUUCAAAGAAUAAUACGUUUCUUAGAAAUACUUUAUUUUCAGAGGAUAACAAUGAUAUGUUAGCUUUAGAUAAAAUCAAUCCCUCUCAGAAUGCUAAACCUACUGAUAAUUUCAAAAUAUUAAAGCAGCAAGCUCAAUUCUAUCAUGAUAAACAUAUUCCCUCAGCAGUUCCACAACAAGAGACAAUCAAUUCUACUGUCGGCUAUCAAAGGAAAGCAGUAUCGAAUCUUAUCAACUAUGGUACAACUGUUUUGAUGAAAAAAAAUAAAAGACCAAGAUCGCAAGCUACUAUCCUUCCUAAUUCACCUUCUUCCAUUUUUUUGGAUAAAUUGCAACAACCUCUAUGCAAAAGAAGUUAUAGCCAAGAUAGCGAUGAUAGUAAUAAUAACGAUCAUUCAAUAGCUAAACGAUAUCCGAAUAUAAACUUCAGAGAGCCGCAAUAUUGCCACAAUUGUAUUCUGCAGAACGCCUACAUUUCAAGUGGGAUUAACCAAAAAAAGGAAAUGGAGAGCACUACAUUGCAUUCAUCUACUCCUUUGUCAACAACUGAAACGGUCUUUUCAUCCAUAUCUACUCCUGCUCUUGCUAAAAAUAGCAAAGAAGUUGAUUGUCAACUGGCGACGGAACAGAGACCUUCAUUAACAAAGACCAUCAUAGUUGAGAAAGCAAAGAAUAUAAUACAAACAUCAAUAGGGAAGAAAAGAGGUGAUAGAGUACAAAAGGGCAAUAAAAAUAGUCAUGAAGAAGCGAAUAAUAAUACAAAAAUAAAGGAAGAAAUAAAAGUAAAUCAUGAACAUUAUUCUUCGAUAACAGCCAAGCCGCAUCAAAAGCAACAAUUAGAAGGUCUAAGAAAGAAACGCAAAUCUCUUUUAGUAGCUCCUUCUUUAUCCACUUUACGACUUUUAUCUCAAAAAACACAGUUAUUAAAGCGUCAAAGCCUACGAGCUUAA